ACCAGCAUGUCUGUGGUGAGCAACUACUUUCCUUGUUUCUGACAAUUAGACACUGCAAGGUGAAAUGGCACAGCAAGAAAGGUUCUGCUGUUCAAUCUGUCUGGAUUUACUGAAGAAUCCGGUGACUAUUCCCUGUGGACACAACUACUGCAUGAACUGUAUUAAAACCCACUGGGAUGAAGAGGAUCAGAAGGAAAACUACAGCUGCCCUCAGUGCAGACACCCCUUCACACCGAGACCUGCACUGGUGAAAAACACCAUGUUAGCAGAUUUAGUGGAGGAGCUGAAGAAGACUGGACUCCAAGCUGCUCCUGCUGAUCACUGCUAUGUUGGACCUGAAGAUGUGGCCUGUGAUGUCUGCACUGGGAGACAAAUGAAAGCCUUCAAGUCCUGUUUAUUCUGUCUGGCAUCUUACUGUGAGAAACACCUUCAGCCUCAUUAUGAUGUGGCUGCAUUAAUGAAACACAAGCUGGUGGAGCCCUCCAAGAAGCUCCAGGAGAACAUCUGCUCUCGUCAUGAUGAGGUGAUGAAGAUGUUCUGCCGUACUGAUCAGCAGAGUAUCUGUUAUCUCUGCUCUGUGGAUGAACAUAAAGGCCACGACACAGUCUCAGCUGCAGCAGAAAGGACUGAGAGGCAGAGAGAGCUGGAGGUGAGUCGACAAAACAUCCAGCAGAGAAUCCAGGACAGAGAGAAAGAUGUGAAGCUGCUUCAACAAGAGGUGGAGGCCAUCAAUCAGUCUGCUGAUCAAACAGUGGAGCACAGUGAGAAGAUCUUCACUGAGCUGAUCCAUCUCAUCCAGAAAAGAAGCUCUGAUGUGAAGCAGCAGAUCAGAUCCCAGCAGGAAACUGAAGUGAGUCGAGUCAAAGAGCUUCAGGAGAAGCUGGAGCAGGAGAUCACUGAGCUGAAGAGGAAAGAUGCUGAGCUGAAGCAGCUCUCACACACAGAGGAUCACAUCCAGUUUCUACACAACUACCCCUCACUGUCAGCACUCAGUGAGUCUACAGACUCAUCCAGCAUCAAUAUCCGUCCUCUGAGCUACUUUGAGGAUGUGACAGCAGCUGUGUCAGAGGUCAGAGAUAAACUACAGGACAUUCUGAGAGAGGAAUGGACAAACAUCUCACUGACAGUCACUGAAGUGGAGCCAGAACCAAAGACCAGAGCUGAGUUCUUAAAGUGGCUUUACUCUGGUGUAAUAAGCGCUAAAUUCUGUAAAUUAUAA